AUGUCGAAGUUCGAGUCUCCUAAGGAGCCCAAACAACUGCGGAAGCUUUUCAUAGGAGGGCUCAGCUUCGAAACGGCAGAUGAGAGGCUGAGGAGCCAGUUUGAGCAAUGGGAAAUACGCACCGACUGUGUGGUAAUGCGAGAUCCAAACACCAAGUGCUCCAGGGGCUUUGGAUUUGUCACGUAUGCCACCGUGGCGGAGGUGGACGCUGCCGUGAAUGCAAGGCCACCCAAGGUGGAUGGGAGAGUUGUGGAACCAAAGAGGGCUGUGUCAAGAGAAGAUUCUCAACGACCAGGGGCCCACUUAACUGUGGAAAAGAUCUUUGUUGGAGGCCUUAAAGAAGACACUGAAGAGCAUCACCUACGAGAUUAUUUUGAACAGUAUGGAAAAAUCAAAGUGAUAGAAAUUAUGACAGACAGAGGCAGUGGGAAGAAAAGGGGCUUUGCUUUUGUGAUCUUUGAUGACCAUGACUCUGUUGAUAAGAUUGUCAUACAAAAAUACCAUACUGUGAAUGGCCACAAUUGUGAAGUAAGGAAAACCCUGUCAAAGCAAGAGAUGGCUAGUGCUUCGUCUAGCCAAAGAGGUCGAAGUGGCUGUGGACACUUUGCUGGUGGCCGUGGGGGUGGUUUUGGUGGGAAUGACAAUUUUGGUCAUGGAGGGAACUGCAGUGGUCAUGGUGGCUUUGGUGGCAGCCGCGGAGGUGGAGGAUAUGGUGGCAGUGGGGAUGGCUAUAAUGGAUUCGGUAAUGAUGGAAGCAAUUUUGGAGGUGGUGGAAGCUACAAUGAUUUUGGCAAUUACAACAAUCAAUCUUCAAAUUUUGGACCCAUGAAGGGAGGAAACUUUGGAGGCAGAAGCUCUAGCCCUUAUGGUGGGGGAGGCCAAUACUUUGCCAAACCACGAAACCAAGGUGGCUAUGGCGGUUCAAGCAGCAGCAGUAGCUAUGACAGUGGCAGAAGAUUUUAAUUACUGCCAGGAAACAAAGCUUAGCAGGAGAGGAGAGCCAGAGAAGUGACAGGGAAGCUACAGGUUACAACAGAUUUGUGAACUCGUCUAAGCACAGUGGUGGCAGGG